GAUGGCCUCGAGGCAUAAGAACGCUUGUGACUGAUUUUACUUAUCUACAGCCUUGCUGCUUAUUUCUUGGAUAAAGUCUGUCUGCAUAUUCACUGCAAUCCUCAUAUAACGAUUUUACUGUGAUGCCGUUUCCCUUUACAUUCAGCCUGUCUGUUCCAGGCAUGCAGAAUCCGUUUUCGACUCGAGCGGCCCAAUCGGAGUCAUGGAAUGCCCGGACUGGGACUGGCAGUCUUCAUGGCGCGCAACGUAAUAAAGUCGCUGUCCUUCCAAGACGCAUCUCUCCCAUUCCUUCCUUAUCGCCUCCCGCUCCUCUCUCCAGAAAACGAGGCUGGGUCCCAUCCAUCCCAGAACCAAGCCAGGCCACAACAAGCGCAGCCUCAUCUCGCGGUUAUCUCGACACCCCUGCAAAAUACCGCGAUAUGGCCUGUGAAGACACUCAAACAGCAGCAGAAGACCUGGGCGCAGAACUACCACCCGCAAAGCGCCGUCGCACUCUUGCGGGCUCUAUCGUAUCGACAGCGCUGAGCGCUGCUCUUAUCGGGACCGCAGUCGGUCUCACUGUAUAUCGUCUGCUUUUCAGCUGGCGGGACCGAGGCAAAGAAUCGGAGCAACUACCUCCACCACCACCAUACCAACAAGGGGACUGGGUCCCACCACACGAAAUUCAGGUCACACCUCCCACACCGAAAAGUCGAAAAACGCGGCAUACACCUGCCUCGGCUAAACGCCCUACUAUCCGACACCGCAAGACUCGCACUCGCACGCACGCUAUCACCCCUCCACGAAGCUCUUCUCCUGCUCUUGUCCCUCCUCCUCAGCCCGAGUUUGAUUUCUCCCAUGUCGAUCCCAUCGAUCAAGAAGAAGACGAGAUGGACUGGAUUGGUGGUAAAUUGUCACAGCUGAUACAGGAAGGGCAGAAGGCACUGCAGAAGGAGGUUGUGGUGAUGAGCGAUUCGAAAGAGGACGAGGUGGACGAUGGAAGUGGUGCAUGGGAAGAGGUUGAUCAGGCGACGGCAGGACCGUCUUCACGGCGAGGUUCAAUACGACGAUCGCAUAAGCCACGAAAUAUCCCUAUCCCUCCUUCAUACUCUUCGUCCGGCUUUGCAUCUCCCCAACCCAGUGCUUCACCCAGAAAAAGCCGAUUCAAUGCAAGUGUAACUUCAUUGCACUCACCUUCGCUGUCUGGAGCAUCUGGUUUCCCCAUUCCAAGUACGCCUCGACAAAUACCUCGAGGACCGUCAGUUGAAUCGGAUAUGUUUGGAAACGUGAGCUCUAGUUUCCGAGAAGAUGAAAGUGCAUGGCAAAGUCCUGAAAUCCGAGAGUCGAUGGAGAAGGCGAGGGCUCGGUUCCUGCAGAAUCGGGGAUGAUGUACUACGAGUGACAGAUCUCAGAUCUGGUGUUUUAAAGUAAAUUUCCUUCUCGUUGCACGCUCUUUUAUUCUGUUAUUGGGGGCCUGCUGUGUAUGUACAUGUAGCUGUUCAGUGGAUGCCAACGACAAGCAAUGAUCAAGGCUAUGAUGAUUAGAGUGUGUUAUGAUAUUUUACCUCUU